AUGGCCAGAAGAGCUCAGAAUGCUGCAGCUGUGCCAGCUCAGAACCCGGUGAAUGUUCUUGCUCAGUUUCAUGGGUUACAGCCAGCCACGUUCAAUGGACAAGGAGAUCCCAGAAUAGUAGAAGAAUGGAUUCGUAGCCUUGAACAAUUAUUCGAGGCUAUGAACUGCACUGAACAGGAGAGGAUCCAGUGUGCCCAGUUACAGAUGAUUGGGGACGCUGGGUUAUGGUGGUUCUCAUACUGGCAGAUAAGGACAGUGGAAGAAAAACAAGCUUUAACUUGGUUUGGUUUUAAGCAGAUAGUGAAAGAAAAGUACUAUCCUUCUUACUAUAGAGCUCAGAUGGAACGGGAGUUCCUAGACAUGGAGCAAGAAGAAAGAAGUGUCGAUGAAUAUGAGCGAGAAUUUACUCGCUUAGCAUUCUUCGUACCAUAUCUAGUGGAUACGGAUGAAAAAAGAGCUAGAAGGUUCAGGGACGGAUUGAGAGAUGUUAUCCGGAACCAUCUUGCAGGACAUGGAGAGUUGUCCUAUGUUGAGACUGUUUCAAGAGCUCAACAAAUUGAUGCCAGCAUAAAGCAAAAGUCCCAACGAGUUCCUAAGACAACUGUUAAUCCACCAGCUCAGCCACUAGUACAGCAGAUGCCUAAUCAACAGGCAAAUGCUAAAAACAAGAGAAAAUGGAAGGCUCAUCAGGAUGAAAGGAGAAACCUCCCUAGAGGCCAAGGGCAAGCAGGUCAACAACCACAACAGGUGCCGAAUUGCGGUACUUGUGGAAAACCACAUAGAGGAGAAUGUUUAGCUGGUCGUGAUAUUUGUUACAAUUGUCGAAAGCCAAACCACAAUGCACGUAACUGUCCAGAUAGAAGGCAAAAUCAACAGGGCCAACAGCAGCAGACUCAAAAUAUUCAUCCGCAGGCAAGGCAGGCAAAUGUGUAUGCUCUUAAUCAAGCAGAAGUGGAAGAACACUCAGGUACUAUGUCUGGGAUAUUAAUAUUGAAUAAUGUGCCAGUUUUUGCAUUAUUUGAUACUGGAGCAACUCAUUCAUUUGUCUUGGAUAAAUGUUUAGAAGCAUUAACUAAAGGAGUGAGUACAAUUGAUCCUCUUGAGAUCAGUUUAGCCUCAGGAAAGAAAAUUGUUACGAACUCAAUAGUAAAGAAUCUUAACCUAAGUAUUGGAGGAAAAAUUCUGGAAGCCAAUGCUUCUGUAAUUGAGAUGAGGGAUUUUGACCUAAUACUUGGUAUGGAUUA